UACUGUUGUUUAAGUUGCCAAUUAAUUCAGUACCUAGGAACUAAAGCCUAGAGCUGGAACUUUACAAGACGUAGAUGUACUUACUUUAUCACAAAUAAGUUGUACUGCCAAGUUAAAAAUGCAAAAAUAAUGAUGUAAGUACCUAGGCUUCAACAACUGUACCUAACAGUCUAAAACCAACCAAUAGGCGGGCUAAAAUCGCGGUCGUUUGAGAAAGUUAUGUUUUUUUUAACCGACGCGCGGCAGUCUCCGUUCCGCAGCUACGCAGCGCGCAUGCGCGUCGACUAUCAAACCACAAUACCGGUUCCGUAAUUAUUAACCUAGUACUAAAAUUCUUUUGAAGAAAGUCUGUGUUUAGUGAUUUAUGUUAAUGUAACACUGAGGGAUAUUGGAAAAAUAUAACAAUGAACAUCAUCUGGUGCUUCACAGUACUAGCGAUCACUUGGCGCACAGCGAGCGGUCACGGGAGACUCAUCGAGCCUCCAUCGCGCGCCUCCGCCUGGCGCUACGGCUUCGACACGCCCCACAACUACAACGACCAUGAGCUCUACUGCGGGGGCUUCUCCAGGCAGUGGAACAAGAAUGACGGCAAGUGCGGCGUCUGCGGCGACGCCUGGGACGCCCCCACCCCCAGGGCCCACGAGCUCGGAGGCCGCUUCGGCAAAGGCGUCAUCGUCCGGAAAUACGCGCCAAAGGACAGCAUCGUCAUCAAAGUAGAGCUCACCGCAAACCACAACGGAUUCUUCGAGUUCAGAGUCUGCGAGGAACCAAAAUCAACUACCCAAGACUGCUUAGAUAAAUACGUUCUGAAAUUAGAUGGAAGAGACGGAACCAAAUUCUAUCCGAAAGAUGGCAAUAAGAUCUACGAAAUGAAGUACAAGCUGCCCGAGGGCUUGGAAUGCUCCCAUUGUGUGAUGCAAUGGAGAUACAUCGCUGGAAACAACUGGGGUUCGUGUGGAAAUGGAACGGAGGCCGUGGGCUGUGGGCCGCAGGAGGAAUUCAGAGCAUGCGCAGACAUAGCCAUAGGAGAGCGCUUCGCCACCACCACCAGGCGCCCCAGACCGCCAUACGUGCCGCCCAGCAGGAGGCCCACUGUGCCGACCCCGGAGGAGUCUACUGGAAGCUCAUGGUACGGCUUCGUGGUCGCUAUCGUCACGUUGCUCGUUGCCGUUGGCGUUCUAGCAGCAAUAUACCUGUAUUACUACAGAGGAGGCAUGAGGAUCAAGAACCUUCUGAAGUCGAAGGUCCCCCCACCUGCGCCCGUACCCCCACCAAGACACAAGAGGGCGUCCCUCUCAAGAGAACAGCCGCCAGAACUGACGACGCCUAAAGUGGGAUGGAACGUAGACGGGCGUCCGUCAGAGUCAGGCUUUGAAACUGUAGAUUUAAGGGCUAAGUGAUAGACGUAAAGAGGCUAUAGAAUGUAAGCUGGAAACCUAAGCUGCCUUUACCUAGUGAUAUGAAGUCUUUUGACUGAUUUACGUAGAAAACAAUGUCGACGCUCAGUCGAAUGUUAGGUAAUUAUCGUACUGCUUAUUUAGGUUAUUAUUAAUUUUGUAAAAUAAAGUUAUUUAUGUUAAAUUAAAUGUUACGAUUGA